ACAGUGCACACGGUUCUUGACGUGCCGGCAGAUUAUCCUGCUCAAGACCAAAGCUGUUACUUCGGAGAGACGGCCCAUGCGGUGACCUCAACCGCAGGCGACUGCGGCGUGUGCGGUCGCGUGGUAUACCACGUAACCACACAUGCAUGAGAGAGCCCUGGCCAGCGACUCAUCGCUGUCAUUUGAUCGGCCCGCUGUAGUCUGGGAGCCACCCGGCACCUGUCAUCGAAAGUUGAACGGUGAACCCAGUUGUCACGUGUGACACAAAUACGUUCAGCUGUGUGAUAAUUCUCGGUAGACGGAAUAGCAUGAAGAUCGAGGUUUUGCGUGUAGGUAUUAAUUCUUAGACUUCUAACGUAUUCGUCUAACGUACCCGCCUCACCCCGCCCCAGCCCGGCCCCGCCCCGGCCCGCUGCGGCAGCCCGGUGUGUGCGACAUGCAGCUCGGCUCGGGCGACGCGCUGCCGACGCUCAGUCGUGCUCCGAGCCCCGUCGCCGCCGGUCGUUGCAUGCUGCUGGGGCCCUCCUGCUGGUACAGAGACCGGACAGCGGCGGCGGCGGGUCGACUGGCCAACCGAGACAUCACAUUCUAACUGCAACUACAAGAUGCUGCUGCCAACCCUCCUCCUCGGGUGUUUCCUGUUGGUGACGGAUGUAACCGGCCACAAAUAUUCGACCAGCAAAUGUCCGAAUCCCAAUCCCGUGAAGGACUUCGACGAGUCUCAGAUCCUGGGAAAGUGGCGCGUGGAGUACGCCGUGAAGACGACCAGCACGUGCUUCGACAUGGACUUCCGCAAGGAGGGCAGCCAGCUCAUGGUGUACGAGACCAAGGAGCCGGCGGCGCCCGAGAAUCUCAGUCUGGAUGUCAAGUACGGCUCGGUGGGCACCCUGGCCUCCACGGCCCAGGCUGGCUACUACCAGGCCUCCUUCUCCACCAGUGUGAUUUCCGGCCGGUUCGUGGUGCUGGACACCGACUACAAGACCUACAUGGUGGUGUUCCACUGUAUGCAGAUGUCCAUCCUCGGCAGCAGGAGGGCCGUCUACGUCCUCUCCAGAGACGGCGCCAAGAUCACCGACGAACGGCUCAAGCAGGUGCGCGGCCGGCUGCCCGAGCUGGACGUGGAGGCCGGCCUGCUGGCCAAGGUGUCCCACGAGCAGUGCACCACCGCCGAGCAGGCCGACGUCGACCUCACCGGCUCCGUCAACGUCAAGGACGUGCUGAAGGCCGCCAAGAAGGUCGUCACCGUCGGCGGCGGCAUCCUGGAGCUGGUUCAGGUGUUCGGCGCGCUGGGCUGAGCUGAGCUGAGGGCGUUACACGCUGGGCUGAGGGCGCUACACGAUGGGCUGAGCGCGUCAAACGCUGCGCUGUGGGCGUUACACGCUGGGCUGAGGGCGUUGCACGCUGGACUUGGGGCGUUACACGCUGGGCUGAACGCUUCAGACUCGGGGGUGAGUGCGCCCGGCUAAUUUAAGGUGCCGAGUGACCAGUGUUCGGUACUCUGUAUGUUGCCCCCUUGCGAAGAGGAUGGUGAAGCACGGGUGUUUUUUAUGUAUAGGUAUCUGUUAACUCAAUGAGUUCCAGAAGCAAAAUUGAACGGGGGUGUAUUAUCGUUUCAAAAUGAAAACGGAGUGGAAAGCAAUAUGAUCGACUUUCAGGCUGACCAGCUUAUGAUUUAUCAGUCCCUACUUUGUAGAAAAAAAUAGAUGUGAACAAAAUAUAAAUCCCAUUCCACUUUAUUGAAAGGUAACGCUCAUCAAUCGUGAUGAAUGCUCCAUAUUUAUGUGAAUCGUAGCUUUAUUGGGUCAACCUCCCAAAAAUUGUAUGUGUUUUAACAUUGCUUUAAGCCACCAGUCGCUGCUUUAAGAACAAGUGCCGUCUGUCUUAAAGGUACCGCGCAAAGUAACGGUGGAUCCAUCAAGCCUGACCGAAGGGCUUAAUUUGAGUCACCGAAGCAAUGGACAUCCUCGUCCAUUGCCCAGGUCAAUUGGUUCGGUGACUUUUAAAUUAUAGCAGGCACUUCCUCGGUCAGGCUUGAUGGAUCCAACGUCACUUUGCGCGGUACUUUUAAGACAGACUGUACAUUAUUUGUUGUGUAGGAACUAGGAACGAAGCGUUGGAACGAAUGCUAAGUCGUCGUUGUUGAAGCAUGUUAUUUUGUUUGUGACUGGGAUUGCGCCGAUUGCGUGUUGUGUCUCAUUCCUAGUGACUGUUAGCAAGAUAUCGCACAAGAACGCGAUCCAGCGCGAUCUUUUCGCGUCGCGAUCACUCAGUAGGCAUAUAGUGAUCGCUGCUCGGUGCUUUUGGACGUGCUGUGUAGUUUGUACGGAGCGAAUAGUGAAUACGAUUCGUGGUGAGAGCUGCAAAUAUCGAACAUUGCACAACGCGUUUUACCUACUUAUUACGAGUACCUACAUUAUACACGCUAGUCACCGUCAACGUCAAUGUCUGAACCAAUCGCCCAUUUCGCGUCAUUUUUAUCGCUUAUAGAUUCACAAAUAAACACCCACAAAACUUA